CCCCCCCGUGACUGCAUGCGCGGUUGUGGAGCGCCUGAUCUGGAGGCAACGCGAGGAGUGCACAUACCUCCAGAAAAACGGGGGAGAUAACUGCGCUCGACAGCUGAGGAGUUGUAAGGAAAGACGCCCGGGGGGGAAGAGGAGAGUAAUUCAUCUUCAACAGGGCCGAGGAGAUCUCUAAAAGCAACACAAACAAAAUACUUGAGGGUCCGUAUAGCAUGGGAGCGCUAUGUUGUCCAGGAAAGGACUCAUUCCAGAGGAUUAUUUACUCACACGUCUGGCCGAGGAUGUCCUGCAGCCGAAGUGUUUUAAGGUCAAACCGGGGAAAGCACGGUUCGUCACCAAGAACGGCACCUGCAACGUAGCGCACACCAACAUCAGAGAACAAGGUCGAUUCCUGCUGGACGUCUUCACCACUCUGGUGGAUUUAAAAUGGCUCCACACGCUCAUCAUUUUCACCAUGUCCUACCUGUGCAGUUGGCUCCUUUUCGGGAUGAUCUGGUGGCUCAUCGCGUUUGCGCACGGCGACUUGGACCAGAAGGGAGACGACUUUGUCCCGUGCGUAACGGACAUUCACUCCUUCUCCUCCGCUUUCCUCUUCUCAAUAGAGGUCCAGGUGACCAUCGGCUUCGGCGGCCGGAUGGUCACAGAGGAGUGCGUCUCCGCCAUCGUCGUCCUCAUCGUGCAGAACAUCGUCGGACUGCUCAUCAACGCCAUCAUGCUCGGGUGCAUCUUCAUGAAAACCGCGCAGGCCAAUCGGCGCGCGGAGACGCUCAUUUUCAGCAAGCACGCAGUCAUCUCCGUCCGCAACAACAAGCUGUGCUUCAUGAUCCGCAUCGGCGACCUGAGGAAGAGCAUGAUCAUCAGCGCCACCGUGCGGCUGCAGGUGGUCAGGAGAAGCUCCACGGAGGAGGGCGAGGUUCUGCCUCUGGACCAGAUCGACAUCCACAUGGAUAACCCGGUGGGCACCAACGGCGUCUUCCUGGUGUCCCCCCUCAUCAUCUGCCACGUGAUCGACAAGGACAGCCCCCUGUACGAGCUGUCCGCUGGUGACCUGCAGUACGACGACAUCGAAGUGAUCGCGGUGCUGGAAGGGGUGGUGGAGACCACGGGCAUCACCACCCAGGCCAGGACCUCAUACGUGUCGGAGGAGAUCCUGUGGGGGCAGCGCUUCGUGCCGACCGUCUCCGCGGAGGACGGCAUGUACGCCGUGGACUACUCUAAGUUCGGGAACACCACGAAGGUCCCCACGCCGUGCUGCAGCGCCAAAAAACUGGACGAGUCGGGCGGCAUCGCGCGGCUUAAACUGAACGAGGGCGUCACCUUGCGGGCGACGGUGAGAAGGCGGCGCGGCUCCGCGGGGGUCCGCAGGUCAAAGAAGCAGCCCGAGUGACGUCACGGUCCACGUCAGCCAAUGACAUUUUGUAUAGUUGAGGAACGCGUGUUGUGGAGUAUCACAUGUGUGCAUGUUUCCAUUUAGGGUCACAGAAUUGACCCAGAAGGAAAAGGAAGUGCAGUUUGGUUGCAUCUGAUCAUUUUAUAUCUAUAAUUAUGUGUGUAUGCAUGUUUUAUCAUUCAUGUGAAGUUUUUUCUUCUUUUUUUGGGGGGGGGGGGUUUAGACCAUAUCAUUUAAAAGACCUCAAAGAUUUAGAAAGCACUUCCAUAAAGCAUUAAAAUACAUACAUUUUAUAAUGUAAUGUUAGAAAUUGACUUAUACAGUCCUCAUAUAGUACAUUAAUACAAAGUGAAAAGAAGCUAAAUACAAAUGUCAUAUUAUAGUACUUCAUGAAAAAAAAAAUGGAUCAUGUAGCUGAUAAAAAUGUCAAAGAUUGAAUGAAAACGUAAUACAGUAUAUCAUACUAUACGUUUUAUAUGAAAAUUACGUGGCCUCAUUUUUUCUUUAUAUAUGUACUCUUAAAAUGAGAAUUUCUUUAGUGGCAUACUGCAUAAUGUAUUUUACGACAUUACUUCGGUUCUACUAAUUACUUUAAUGACAUUUGUAUGGCAUAUUAUGCGUUGAUAUCUUAAUGGCCUUAUCAUCAGAAGUGUUCUUCUGCUCCCCCCUCUCCUCUGAUGUCAAGAGUAAUUUAAAUCACUGAGAUGCAAUUUAAGCAAACGAAGUGUCCUUGUACAGCCUCAGUUCUGCGUGACUAAUCUAUGAAGAUAUACCGGUUGGGAUUGUUGUUGCAUCAUGUUUUUCUUCAUAUUAGUCUCGUGCUUCCUAUAACCUGUAGCAAACGAAAGACUAACAUAAGAACUGAAAUGAAUUUUAAAAAUCUGUAUAAAAUGUGAUAGGGAUAACAAGUGAUAAAAGUUGAGUGUUCCGUUAAAAAGGUGA